AUGGAGUCAAGUGUUUUUCAUAUGAUUGAUGCAAGAACAACUUACAACAUAUCAUUAGGGCGUCCUUGGAUUCACGAAAAUAAGUCAAAAGAUGGAAAAGUAAGAAUAGUCGUAGCUGAUUCGAAGCCAUUAACUGAAGGUGAAUCAUAUUUCACCGAUGCAAAGUUUUACUUUGAAGAAUUUUCGAUUGAGGAAAUUCAACCAGUUCUUGAGGAUGUUGAAGUAAGGGCUCCUAGAAAGAAGAUUGAAGAAGGGGAAUCUUCAUCAACAAAAGAAAGCGAGCAUGAUGCCUUAUCCAAGAUAAGUCAAACAAUUACUAAGAAAAUAAAGCUUCAUUUUGUGCAUGUCUCCAAAGGCCAAGAUGAUCAAUUUUCUUCCUCAGAUUCGGAAGGUAUCAUACAAGGCUUGAAAGAUUUGACUCUACCAGUCACUAGUCUUGUUUCCCCUAAAGUUUUCAAGUCAUCGUUGAAAGGUUUUGCAAGGCCUUCCAAGAGCCCGAUAGUUGAGUUUAAAGCAUUGCCAGCCAAAAGAACAAGUGGUUUUGACCCUAAUGCUUACAAACUAUUGGCUAAAGCUGGGAAUGGUUCUACUGAUGUGGCCAAAUUGACGAAGGACUUCAAGAAUGGUGAUAGUGAACAUUCAUCAAUUGGGAUUCGUAAAGUAUGGAAGGAGAAGAAUAUUGCUGACCAAGGGUCUAAAGUUGGCCUAGGGUAUCAAGCUCCUGCUCCUUUACGAUUGAAAAUCAGAAGAGAAACCUCUACUCAUAUUUCUGUUGAAGAAAUAGAAAAGAUAAAAGUGAGCAUAAUCCCCUCUCGAAUGAAAAGAAAAACUGAGUGGGUGGUGACCAUGAGAUCCGCAUUGAAGGUAAAACCACAUAUUGUGGUUAUAACCGGCCAAGUCUCUAAUCAACCUGAGGAAGAAGAACUUGAUGUAGUGAUGGUUGGCCACAUUAAUUUUGAAGACAUGAAUCAAGCCCAAACUUUUGAGGAAAAUGCUGAGGAUGCUACUUUUGCUUUGGAAGAGGGAAAUAAAGCAACAAUUUAUGAGGUGAAAGAAAUUAAUCUCGGAACAAUGGAAGAGCCCCGCCCAAUUUUUCUUAGUGCAAAUUUAUCUUCUGAGGAAGAAAUGGAGUUUGUUGAGUUGCUUCGAGAGUAUCGAGAUGUCUUUGCAUGGUCCUAUAAAGAGAUGCCGGGAUUGGAUCAUAAGGUAGCAGUCCAUAACUUGGCAAUCAAACCUGGGGUGAAGCUAGUAAAACGAGCUCAAAGGCAAUUCCGUUCAAAAUUGAUUCUACAAAUAAAAGCUGAAGUCAAUAAACUCAUUAAUGCCGGUUUCAUAAGGGAAGUCAAGUAUCCUACUUGGAUCUCAAACAUUAUUCCUGUCAAAAAGAAAAAAUUGACAAUUAAGAAUUUGUGUAGAUUUUCAAGAUCUAAACAAUGCAUGUGUGUAGAUUUUCGAGAUCUAAACAAUGCAUGUCUUAUGGAUGACUUUCCUCUUCCCAUCAUUGAAAUUAUGGUGGACGCCAUAACUGGUUAUGAACAACUUUCCUUCAUGAAUUGUUUGUCUAGCUACAAUCAAAUCCCAAUGGCUGCUAAGGUUGCAGAAGCGACAGCUUUUCAAACACCGAAAGGUAUAUACUGCUACACAGUUAUGCCUUUUGGAUUAAAGAACGCUGGUGCUACUUAUCAGCGGGCAAUGCAAAAGAUCUUUGAUGAUAUGCUCCACAAAAACUUUGAAUGUUAG